AAACCCGUAGCUCUCAGAGCUCAUUGUUGCUGCCCCGUCCUCGAUCGCUGGGGCAAGGAGGAGUGCCACGCAGUGCUGUCGAAGCACUAAUUUGUCUCUCGCUUGCAGCCACCGCAGAAAACGCGCUCGACAUCGACUGCAAAACAACUGCAAACGAUGCGCACCCUCUCCGCGAUCACCCUGCUCACAGCGGCGCAAGCGCUCCGCCCGCUCGCACCACUCAGAAAACUCGGCAACAAGCUGCGCAAAACGCCGGUCGUGCAGGCCGCACCUAGCGGAGCCUCCUUAAAACCGUACCUCUCUCAAUUAAUAGAGGGCGAAGAUCUCGCCAAGGACGACGCCAAGGGCUUGUUCGGGGCGUUCUUGGAUGGCAGCGCCUCGCCGGAGCAGGUCGCCGCCGUCCUGUGUUGCCUGAGGCAGAAGGGCGAGACCCCGGACGAGAUCGCCGGCGCGGCCGAGGCCAUGCGCGCGGCCUGCGUGCCCGUCAAGACGUCUGGUACGUUAUUAGAUAUCGUCGGCACGGGCGGCGACGGCGCCUGCACCAUCAACCUGUCUACUUGUUCUGCGAUAUUAGCUGCCGCUUGUGGUGCCAAGGUGACAAAGUGUGGAAAUAGAUCAGUGUCCUCGGCCUGCGGCGCCGCGGACGUGCUCGAAGCUCUCGGACUAGACUUAGAAUUGGAUCUCGACGACGUCACGAAGUGCAUCGACGACGUCGGCCUCGGGUUCCUUUUCGCGCCGAAGAACCACCCGUCCAUGCGCUUCGUGGCGCCCGUGCGGAAAGCGCUUGGGGUGCGAACGGCCUUCAACCUCCUGGGGCCCCUGACGAACGCCGCCGGCGCUCAAAGAGUGGUCAUUGGCGUCUUCGACGAGAGGCUCGUCGAUUUGUUGGCGGGCGCGUUGGAGCGCAUCGGGGUGGUGGAGCACGCUGUGGUGAUUCACGGCGUCGGUUUAGAUGAACUGUCUCCCCUCGGACCGUGCACCGUGCGCGAGCUCAAGAAAACCAGUUCAGGAUACGACUCCAAGACGUGGACGCUAGAACCUCUAGAUUACGGCUUGCCGCGGUGUACGCUGCCCGACUUGGUCGGGGGCGGCCCGGAAUUCAACCGGAACGCGUUGAGGCGGUGCCUCGCGGCAGAUCCCUCGUCCAUUCCGCUGGGCGAGGAGACGACCCUCAAGGACGACGCGUGCCGCGACGCCAUCGCGCUGAACGCCGGCAUGGGCCUGUACGUGGCUGGUGUUUCUGAGAGUGUCGCUGCGGGCGUGGAAAAGGCGAAGGAGGGCCUCGCGUCGGGCGCGGGUUUACAAAAGCUCGACGCGUGGAUCGCCGCGACGAAGGCGCUGGGGAAGUAAGGUUCCUCUGCUUA